AUGGCUCUUCCGAAGCGUAUCAUUAAAGAGACAGAAAGGCUUAUGGCCGAGCCUGUUCCAGGUAUCAGUGCCAUCCCCCACGAGGACAACCUCCGAUACUUCGACGUUCAAAUCCACGGCCCUGCUCAGUCUCCUUACGAAGGCGGCGUCUUCAACCUCGAGCUCUUCCUGCCCGACGACUACCCCAUGACGCCUCCCAAGAUCCGAUUCCUUACCAAGAUCUUCCACCCUAACGUUGAUAAGCUUGGUCGCAUUUGUCUCGACGUUCUUAAGAACAACUGGUCUCCCGCUCUUCAGAUCCGAACUAUCCUUCUCUCGAUCCAAGCUCUCCUCGGUGCCCCUAACCCCGACGAUCCCCUCGCUGCCGAUGUUGCCAAGAGUUGGAAGGAGGACGAACAGGCGGCUAUCGCUACCGCCAAGGAGUGGACUGCCCAGUACGCGAAGCCUUGA